AUGGAGGCGUUCUCUUUUAUCGCGUACACGCUUGCCGUGGCGGUGGUCUUAGCGUUCGGCCUGGGCGCGUGCGCGUAUGCGGCGCAUCGGGAGAAGCUGCAGGGAGGGCCCGACUCGCCUGAUUUCUUCCUCACUGCGCGCCGAUCCGUUAAGACGUCCAUGGUCGCAUGGUCGUUCUUCGCGUCGGCGAUGGGGUCGUGGGCGCUGUUCGGGCCGCCCAGCUACUGCCUGACGGCGGGCGCCACGGGCACGCUCGUGUACGCGCUGUGCGCGGGGCUGCCCGUGCUGCUCGUGGCGUGCGUGGGCGCGGCGGUGCACCGCCUCGUGCCCAACGUCGUCUCCAUGGCCGACUACGUGCGCCGCCGCUUCGGCCUCCCAUUCGCGGUGUACAUAUCACUGUUAGCGGUGGGCAACAUGGGGGUGGCGAUGGCAGCGGAGUACACGGCACUGGGCGACCUCUUCCACCGCCUGCUGCACGCACCCCGCCUGCCCAUCGUCAUGCUCGUCGCCCUCACCGCCAUGCUCUACACCGCUGCAGGCGGGCUCUACGUCUCCAUCGUCACCGACCAAUGGCAGGCCCUCGCGAGUCUCCUCUUCACGGCGCUGCUCACGGCACACGUGCUUCUCAACUUCCCCUCGCCCCUCCCGCCGCUGCCCCCUACCCUGGGGUGGUCGAACCCGCGGGGGGUGGAGGCGGUGCUCUUCAUGCCGCUCUCGCUGCUCGCCACCACGCUCUUCAACGAAGCCUUUUGGCAGCGCUGCUGGGCGUCAGCGAGCCCGGCGGCGCUUCUGUGGGGGGCAGCGCUGGGAGCAGGUGCCAUCACCGUCGUUGUGGGGCUGCUGGGCUUCGCUGGCCUGCUAGCGGCGUGGAGCGGCGUGUACGAGCCGGAAGGCCCCCACGACAGCGGCAACACCAUUCUCUUCUCGCUGUUCCGCGGGCAGCCGUGGGCGCUGGUGGCGGUGGCGCUGCUGGCCGUCACCAUGAGCGAGUCCGCCGUCGACUCGCUGCAGAACGCCACCGUCGACGCCGUCGCCGCCCUCCUGCUCGCCCACCCCUCCUGCUCUGCCAGCAGCAACCAGCGCGUGCAAGGGAAGGAGGGCGGGCAGGGCAGCGUGCAACGGCACGAGGAGGCAAGGGUGACACAGGUGAAGUGCACCAAGUGUUGCGAGGCAGAAGGCGCAGCGAGAGAAGCAUCCCCAUGCAUCCACCCCUCUACCCAUCUUCACUGCACCCCGCUGCUUCCUUCCUCCCUCCCCGCUGCCUGUCCUUGCCUUACUGCACCUACCACUAUGCACCCUCCACCUGCUCCCUCUGCUACUGACUUUGAUCCUGACCCUGUUUCAACCGCACCUGACCCUCCCCACCACGGGACUGCCCUCAGCAUCUCCUCUAUCCGAGCCCUCGUUCUCAUCCUCAAUAUACCGCCGCUGCUUGUCUCGCUACAAGGCUUCAAUGUGCUGCAGCUCUUCCUCCUCGUGAACCUCGUCAACACCACCUCCUUCCUGCCUCUGCUCCUCGGCGUGCUGCAAGGCCCCCUCUCCCGCGUUUGCAUCACCCCUGCAUCAUCAGCAGCUGGCUGUGCCUCUGGCCUUCUCGCUCUUGUGGUAUGGGCCAAGUCACAACAGCGCCCCGGGGAGACCUAUGUUGAGUCGUUGGCCCGGACGUUUCUAGAUGCGUACGAUUAUCCUCCCUAUCUGAUUGCUGUAGGGUUUUCCGGUGUGGGGAUGGCUGUAGGUGCGGGUGUAGAAUGGGUCAUCCGGUGUGGGACACGGGGAAAUGUGGCAGAGGGAAUGGGUGCAGAGACAUAUUCUCCCUCUCGAGCUUAA